AUUAAUCAAUAAUUUUUGUAGUAGAUAUUAGAUACGUUUUUCAUUUCAUUAUAUGCGCAGUUUCUCUCAAGCUCUGGUAAAUUACAUUAAACUGAAGUAGCAGUACCUUAUUGAAAAAUGCAGGGAUUAAGUUUUCAAAGUUUGAAGAAACACAAGGCUCUUAUCCCCUUGUUUGUGUGUGUGGGAUUGGGAUGCGGUGCAUCAGUAUUCUACACACUGAGACUUGCAACACGUAAUCCAGAUGUCUCAUGGAACAAGCGCACUAACCCAGAGCCCUGGGAAGAGUACCGAAACAGGCAAUACAAGUUCUACUCACCCAACAUUGACUACAGCAAGGAGCAUUCUCCCGCUCCCAAGUAUUAAAGUUUUCCUUAUUAUACAGUGAAUCAAGCUUUAGAUUGUUUAUUUAAUAAAUAGUUAAUGUGA